UUUUUUUCUUCCUUCUUUCUUCGAAUCUCAUUCACAUUAUCCUUUUUUAUUUAUUUCUUUUGAAGUAAAUCGCUGCCUCUAGCCUCUUCUCACAUUGCUAUUUACAAUUCGGAGAGGAUUGCUCAGUAACGAACACAGCAAAGGAACCAGUCAAAUAAGAAAAAAAAAGGCGACAAUCAAUUGUUUCUUUAUCUGUUAAAGAUCAAGACUAAAGAUAUAAAAAAACACGUCUGAAAAUGGCAAACAACUCUUUAGCCAACAAUAACGCGGUACGACUUGGCGCAGCUGCCCUCAUUGGCGGCCUUGCCGUUUAUUUGAUCUGGUCAGCAACAUCGUCUUCGCCUCCUCGUCCGCCUACGACUUCAACAUCAACGUCAAGCACUACUACUGUCUCCACCAAGAGUAAAACUGUUAAAAAGAGUCAAUCCGAUAGUACUGGCGACCAAAUCGACAAUCGCAAAGAUAGUAGCGGAAUUAAGAAGAAAGACGAAGAGUUUAAGCAACAGGAGCAGGGACAGGAACAAGAACAGGGACAGGAACAGAGGCAGGAACAAAAACAAUCUGCCGAUACUCAGUACGCUCAUGUGAUCGUACAUGAGGAGAUCGAACAAUCCAAGCCUGUUGUUACUAGCAAGGGGAUUCAGGAGAAUUCGGAAUAUGUGGAAAAGGAAACUUCACUAUUUGUGAAAGAAGUGGUCGUGGAUGGCAUCAUUAAGACUGGAGAGGAUAUUGUUCAGCAGAGCAUUGCUUUAGUUCAGGAGAGCAUAGUUAUAGAGGAAACACAUCUGGAGGAAGAGAAGGAGAAGGAUGAGGUCGUUGCAACAAAGGAAGUCUUGGGCCAGGAGAUCGUUGAGUCCCAGGAAGAAGAUACCAAUAAGGAUCAGCAAGUUAAAGAGAAGAUAGACGAAGAGAAGGUAGAGGAGGAAGUAGAGAAGGUAGAGGAGAAGGUAGAGGAAGAUCAUGAUCAACAAGUGGAAGAGGAUCAGUCAGUGGAGGAGAAAGCGGAGGAAAAAGUGGAGGAGGAGAUGGCAGAGGAAGAGGCGGUGGUGGUAGAGGAGGAAGAGGACGAAGACGAGCCGGUAAUGGUAGAGAAAGAGGAGGGACAGAGCGAGGUAGAGACGGAGGAGCAGCAUCAGCAGCAAGAAGUAGUGACGAUCACAGAAAGUUUCCUGAAAGUACAACAGAAUGACAAUCAUCCUGAAGAGGUUGAGCGCCAUACUUCUGUCCUAGACAUGCCUUUGCCAUCCGAGACUUCAAAGAUCCUUAAUGAAGAAUUCCCAGUGCGAAUCGAAGCUGUGGAGAGAAUUGAAAAGGCAUUGACGAUCGCGGAGGCUGCCUCGCCUUACAAAGGACUCGAUUCAUUUACCACUUCUUCCUUGUCGCAACCAUCAUCGCUAACAUCUUUCACCCCAGCAUCGUCAGGAAGUGCGUUGACUGCAUCGGAACAAAUGAACGAGGUUUCUAUUGCUUCGGGAAUGAGCAACCAAACUAAUGAAUCAUUUACUGCUCGUACAAACCAUACGUUAAAUACCAAUGCUGCGAUCUUUACGCCUUCAUGGCUACCCCGCCCUACCGAUGCCUCCUUUGCAACGGCCUCUGAUGUUAAUUCGCGAAGUAACGCUCCGAUCAUGAACGACCAAAGCCAUAUUUGGGCAAUGGAUCCUGCUAUGCAGCUUCAAUUGCAAUCGCAGACCCAACCAAAUGAUCGAGUCAAGAUGAAGUCUCGCUGUCGAUUCUGGCCCAAUUGCACCAACAAGGCUUGCAAGUUCACCCAUCCAGUCCUGCCAUGCCGUGAUCCUGAUAAUUGCGCAUUUGGAGACCGCUGCAACUUUGUCCAUCCAAAAGAUCUUGUCAGACGACCACCUCGUCCCCAUAAAGGCGACUCGCGCAAGGAGCCACGUCGCCAGUCGAAUAAGGAAAACGGAUCAGCAUCAAUGUCCAACUCUAUAGACUCUUUAGGGGUUGCAUCUUCUACAACAUCGACAUCAGUACCAGCAUCAGCAUCAGCGUCAGCAACGGGAAACCCUUGGAGUCUUCCAUGACCAUAUAUAAACUCGAAGGUCAUAGAUAACUGCGUGCUAACUGACAAUAAAAACAGUAAUAGAUUUCC